AUGACCCAAGAUCUAUAUCCUCUUAUAAUAAGACUGACUAAUUGGAAAGAAUUAGGUUAUCCUAUGUUAGAUCAAAUAGUGGAAUUUCCACAUAAAAUGGAAAUGUUUGAUGGACGAGUGAUAAAUUUGUACGAUCAAGGUCCACCUAAUUUAAACAAAGGUGAUCUUAUAAAGUUGCUGAUUAAUGGUGGUAUUAAUAGAGUGAAUUCAAAUUAUUAUGUAUGUGGGGUCAAACAUGAAAAUGGGGAAAGAUUAAAAGUAUCUAAUGAAUAUAUUAAAGCAUUGAAUUUGAAUGAAUCCGAUUAUACAACUUUUGACAGCUUUGAAGCAGCUGAAGACUAUAUGAGAAAAUUUGAAGAAGAAGAUGAAGUUGGUGCGAUUAUAGCUGAUAAUGAUUCUGUGAUUAAGUAUUAUAUUGAAAUUUUGAGAAGAAAAGGUAAAAUAAUAGAUGCCAAUGGAGAAAUUAUUGAUAAUCCAAAGUCAGUUGAGGAUAAUUUUCAAUGUCUGUGA